AUGGCCUCGCUCAACGGACUUCAGAAACCGCUAGCUAAGCGGGACGAAUUAUUUCAUAUGAUCCACGAUAGUGAAACUGGAUCUAUAUCAUCAGAGUCGAUUCACGACAAUGCUAGCCUAUCGUUUUCAACUUCAUCUUCAGAUUCCAUAAGUGACUCUGUAUCUCGCUCGUCUUCGUUAGCAUCGUUUCCUGAUAGCGGUCAAGUUAACUUUGGUGAGUCUCUUACCGUUCCAACGUCUUCUCUCACCUCAGAGUCCAAAUCACCAUCUGCUGUCUCAUUGGUGACAAUUCCUUCGCAUCAAACAUUCCGCUCAUUUAUUCAUAGACAUGAAAUCCCUCGUAAGAUAUUGCAUAUUUCAAUUGGUUUCAUCACCCUGUGGCUAUAUACCCAAGGGUUUCUCAUCUCACAAAUAACGCCUGUUCUUACCACCAUGUUUAUCAUUAUCGGUGGGACCGAUCUAAUCCGAUUUAGAAAUGAGCAUUUCAACAAAUUUUACGUCAGUGUGAUGGGAUUCUUAAUGCGGGAGAAAGAGGUAAAUAGUUAUAAUGGCGUUAUUUGGUACCUAUUGGGGUUGAUACUUGUUUUUGUCUCAUUUCAAAAAGACAUCUGUUUGCUAGCUGUGCUGUUACUCUCUUGGGCUGAUACUGCUGCCUCCACCAUUGGUAGGGCCUAUGGCCAUCUUACCCCCAAAAUUGGAAACAAGUCUCUGGCUGGCUCUAGUGCUGCAUUCCUAACUGGGGUUAUGAGUACAUUACUUCUGUAUGGAUUUUUCAUCCCACGUUACAAUUAUUUUAACGCACCGGGGGAUAUUUUAUGGUCUCCAGAAACAUCUCUAGUGCCUCUAUGGGUGUUUGCCAUCGUCACCGGUGCAGUAGCUUCGUUAUCAGAAGCAAUUGACAUAGUUGAUGAUAACUUUUCAAUACCUGUUUUCUCGUCCAUGUUUAUGUGGACUUUCAUAAGGUUAACUAGUACCGGGUCAUAUGAGUCCUCCGUAUUCGCAUGA